GAAUUUCAAUUGUUUACAUUUUUCAUAAAUUUUUAAACCUAAUUUUAAUGAUAUUUUAACUAAUUUUACCUCAUUUUUCAGCAUCAUGGACCUCUAUUUCUGGGGCGCCAAUUCACACUUUCAGUCAGGAACCGGGAUCGAAUCCGAGCAAUUUGAGACUCCAAUAAAAGUUGACUUUGCUGAAACUGAUAAAAUUGCUCAAAUUUGUGGCGGCGGAGGUCAUACGAUCAUUUUAACAAACGACGGAAGGGUUUUUACUGUUGGCUGGAACAACAAAGGACAAUGUGGAGUACCAAAAAUAGAAGUUGUGAAGAAUUUCACUAAAAUAACGGAUGGAAUUCGUCUUGUGAGAUGCGGUUGGGACGUUUCCUGCUUAAUUUCGAGCUCAAAUGACGUUUUUAUGAUGGGAAAUAAUCAACACGAGCAAUUUGGAGUGAAAAAUCCGAAGAUGGCGGAUCAACUUUUGAAGGUGAAUUUCCCAGAAGAGGUUUCUGAUGUGAGUUUCGGUCUCAGACACACCGCAGUUUUAACGAAAUCCGGAAAAUUAUGGCUUUUUGGCAAGUCAAAGUGCGUAAAAGUGGCUGAAGAAAUGAAAAAUCAUCAAAUUUCUACAAGAAAAUUCAAUUUUAAUGAAAUUUCUUACCUGGAAAUGCAAUUUUUUGAAGCAAAAAUCUCUCAAAUCUCAAGUGGACAGCAUUUUACCUUAAUUUACACCGAAAAUCAUAAAUUUUUCUUAAUUGGAGAGAACAAACAUGCAUCCAUGAGCAAUCAGGAGAUCCAAAUCUGCCCGAAUCCUGUUCAAGAAAUCUCUUCGGGAUGGACUCACGCAGCAAUUUUAGACAAAAAUGGAGUUUUAUACACUUUUGGGCGCAAUAAUUACCACCAAUUAGGUCGAAAAUCAUUGGAAAAUUGUGAAAUUGCCCCUCUCGGGUUCUCAGAAAAGCUUAAAAAAGUAAUUUGUGGGUCGGAACACACAAUUUCCUUAACUGAAUCUGGAAAAAUCUUCACUUGGGGAUGGAAUGAACACGGAAAUUGCGGCGUAAAUGGCACAGAAAACGUCGAAACGCCCACUCAAGUGCCUUUAAAGGGAAAAUGUGAACUUAUCGGAGCUGGAUGUGGAUUUUGUUUCGCCCUUUUACGCAGCUAACACACAAAAAUCUUCGAAAAAAAAGUAAUAAAUUGCAUUUAUUACGCGAUUUUAAGUUAAAGUUAUGUACAAAACUGCUUAAAAUUUCUUAAAUCAUGACUUUUCGGUGCUCAUCUUGCUUUGCACGAUCUUCUGGAUGUGCAACAACGACUGAUAAUCUUCUUCCGUUAUCUGAUUCUGAUUUGCUUUUUGCUCCACUAAGCGUAAUUUUGAGAUUGCCUUUUGAUUAUU